GUUUCAGAAAGGUUGUACCAAUUUCUGCAUAUUGUACAUAUUUUUUAUGAUCUUUGAAAAGUAAAGAGAAUUGUGUGCAAUGUUUUUAUUUUAGUAAUAAUGUGCAGUGAUUUCCUUUUUAGCUUUUUGAUUUCUUUUCUCUAUAAAUAAAGAACUAUUCAGGGUCUUUACAAGGAUAAUUGGAAUAUAUAUUCUAUGUUCAGUUUUGAAGAAUGUGAAGUUAUAUUUAUCUGUCAGCUUGGAACACAUGGCCUUCAAUUGUAUUCAGUCACAGAGCUUAGUGUUGGCAGUCGACAAAGUAUGUCUUACAACUGCUCCAGCAUUUUCUAAGAUGAGGGAUGACCCAGAUUUCAACAUUCAGUUUGUUCACCUUAUUAAAGAGAAUUCUUGUCUCUAUGACCAUACUAAUGCAGAUUACAACAAUAGAGAUAUUCAAGAUAUAACCUGGGAAAGAAUUGCAAGACAAGUGUCAGAGACAGUUUUUGACUGUAAAGAGAGAUGGAAGAAUCUGAGGGCUUGCUACACAAGAUAUCUGAAAUUUCUGGCUGGCUCAUCGGAAUCACCUGGCAAUUCAAAAUUUAGAAGACCUUAUUACCUUGCAGAAUAUUUAAAUUUUUUGAAGCCAUUUACAAAACCUCGUAAACCAAAAGCAAGUGAUCAAAAUGUGCUGGCAUCAGUAACAUUUCCUGACAUUACAAACGAAGAAAACAGUGAAGAUGAAAGUGAGGGCCUUUUGAAGAAAGAAUAUUUUUGUGAAGAUAAUGAAUCACAGCAAAAUGAAGCAACUUCACCAGUUGAGGAACAAUCACUAAGUUUUUUGUCGUGUUCUAAAAGAAUUAAAAGAGAUCCUGAACAUUGUACCUCUAAUGAUGUGACAAGAUCUUCGUUUGAUGUUUAUCAGUUGAGACAGAACUUUUCUGAAUGUAGAGCAGAAAGUGAAGAUGCUGAUUUUCUAUUUCUUAGGAGUAUCCUCCCAGACAUGAAGGAAAUGAACAAAGCACAGAAAAGAAAGUUUAAAAUAGGAAUUUUGAAUUUGGCCGGUGAGAUUUUAAACGAGAUAGAAAGCUGCCCUGUUCGUUUCACUCACCCCUCUUCAUCUACUUCACUGGCUGCAAUGUCCGCUAGCCAUCAGCCUGAAGGCAAUAGAGGAGCCUUGUAAUUUUCAUUGUUAUUUCUUGUUAUUUAAUAUUUAUGUGCUUUUUAUAAUUGCAAAUACAUGUAUAUAAUUCUUAUUCAGCUUUCAAUGUUUUGAAUUUUGUUGUUUUCUAUAAAACCUUAUAAACAUAUAAGCAUUUGAAUAUAUUCUGGGUUCAAAAUGUAGGAAUGCUGAUAACAAUGUGUUUAUGAAAUAAUAAGUAAUAACUAUGUACAAUAUAAAAUAUAUAAAAAUAUACAAUUAACAUAUGAAUAAAAAAUACAAUAGUAU